AUGGUCCAAGAAUACAAGUACCUUACUCCGGAGCAAAUUGAUUUCUUUAUGGAGAAUGGAUACGUUGUAAUCAAGAACGCAUUCUCGAGGGAAAAGUCGGCCGAAUGGACGAAGGAUAUGUGGACGCGUCUAGGGUACGACCCGAAUGACAAGUCGACGUGGCCUAAGGAUAAAGACCGCAUUAACAUGCCAUCACAUAACCGAGAGGAUGUAUCAUAUUUUGCCCCUAAGGCAUGGGGAGCCAUGCUAGAGUUGCUCGGCGGAGAAGACCGCAUUGCUGAGAGAAGUGGAUGGUGGGGUGAUUCAUUCAUUGUCAAUCUGGGCUCCGAUGAAAUCGAGCGGCAGAAGGAGCCUGUUGAUCCCAAGGACCUUGAUAAUUGGCAUGUCGAUGGCGACUCCUUUGUGCAUUUCCUUGACUCGCCGGAGCAGGGCUUGCUUGUCACUCCCAUCUUCUCCGAUAUCAAAUCUCGAGGUGGAGGCACAUGUAUUUGCCCAGAAGGCAUUACAAUCAUCGCGAAGUACCUUGCCGCACACCCAGAAGGUGUCCUUCCCACGCCUCGCCUCUGUUUUACCCCCUCUACGUCGACCUAUGCGGACCCGAAGGACGACCCCCACUUCUGGUCUCACGCGGAAGAAGUCAAGAAAUGUAAUAAUUUUGUGGAGGCCACUGGUGAAGUUGGAGAUGUGAUCCUCUUACACCCCUUCAUGCUUCAUUCAGCGUCGAAGAAUUAUCUGCGCAUACCGAGAGUUAUCACGAACCCUCGUAUAUCUUUAAAGGAGCCGUUUAACUUCAACAGGGAGAAUCCUGACGAUUAUAGCUUGGUGGAGAAAAAAACACUCAAAGCCCUCGGUGUGGAUAGAUUGGACUUCAAGAUUACGACCGAAAGGCGCAGUAUCGUACCCCUGAGAGUACAGAUUCAACAAAAGAUGCUGGAAGAGGAGAAGCAAAGGCUAGCUGAUUCAGCGAAGGCGAGUGUUGCUCCGAACGUAAUCACUAUGGCCCCUACCCCCAUCUCUGUAGUGUAA